GCGGCCGGAAUUCGUACCCGCGCCGCCGGCCGCCAGCCCGAGCGAGCCAUGGGGCUGUGGGUGCUAGCGGUUCUGUUGGUCGCCUCCCGCACGUCCGGCGCCGCCGCCCUCGUCUCGCCCGCCCUGAGAGCCUUCAGCUCCCUGCACUCGGCCCCCCGCUCCACGGCCAGCAGCCCCGGAGCCCGGGAAUUCUCAGUUCACUACUUACAACAGAAGGUCGAUCAUUUUGGAUUUAGUACUGAUAAAACUUUUAAACAGAGAUACCUAAUAGCUGAUAAAUACUGGAAGAAAGAUGGUGGAUCAGUACUUUUCUACACUGGUAAUGAAGGGGACAUUAUCUGGUUUUGUAAUAAUACGGGUUUUAUGUGGGAUGUAGCUGAAGAACUGAAAGCUAUGUUGGUGUUUGCCGAGCAUCGAUAUUAUGGAAAGUCCCUGCCCUAUGGUUCUAAAUCAUUCAGGGAUUCCAAACACUUGAAUUUUCUGACAUCAGAACAAGCUCUGGCCGAUUUUGCAGAGUUAAUCACAAACUUGAGACAGACAAUUCCAGGAGUUAAAAAUCAACCUAUCAUUGCUGUAGGUGGCUCUUAUGGUGGCAUGCUUGCAGCCUGGUUCAGAAUGAAAUAUCCUCAUAUGGUUGUUGGAGCUCUUGCCGCCUCUGCUCCCAUUUGGCAGUUUCAGGAUAUGGUACCUUGUGGUGUAUUUUUGAGUAUCGUAACUAGAGAUUAUAAGAAAAGUGGCCCAAAUUGUUCAGAGAGCAUCCGCAUGUCCUGGAAAGCCAUUGAUCGACUUGGAAGUACAAGUAUUGGCUUAAAAUGGCUUUCUGAAACCCUUAAUUUAUGCAGCCCAUUAAACAGUUCUCAGGAUGUUGAACACUUGAAAGAUUGGAUCUCUGAAACUUGGAUCAAUCUCGCUAUGGUGAACUACCCUUAUGAGUCUAACUUUUUACAACCUUUGCCUGCUUGGCCUAUCAAGGUGGUAUGCCAGAAUUUGGAUAAUCCUAAUGUAAAUGAUACACAACUGCUGAAGAAUAUUUAUAAAGCUCUAAAUGUAUAUUAUAAUCAUUCUGGUCAGGCAAGAUGUUUGAAUAUAUCAGAGACGACAACCAGCAGUCUUGGAUCGCAGGGCUGGAGCUAUCAAGCUUGUACAGAAAUGGUCAUGCCCUUUUGUUCUAAUGGUAUUGAUGAUAUGUUUGAACCUCACUCGUGGAACCUCAAGGAGUUUUCCGAUGAUUGUUUUAAACAGUGGCAUGUAAGACCAAGACCUGCUUGGAUCCCUACUUUGUAUGGAGGCAAAAACAUCAGUUCACACAAAAACAUUAUUUUCAGUAAUGGUGAACUAGACCCUUGGGUAGGAGGUGGAGUAACCAAAGACAUCUCGGACUCCUUGAUUGCAGUCCUUAUACCAGACGGAGCCCAUCAUCUAGAUCUUCGAGCCAACAAUGCUUUUGAUCCUAUGUCUGUGUUAGUAGCCCGCUCCUUGGAAGUCAAACAUAUGAAACAGUGGAUUCAAGAAUUCUAUGGCAGUCUAAGAAAGAAGUACUAAGCAACUUUUGAUCAUUUGCUGUUUCUUUUUUUAUGUUCACUCCGCCCACAUUCCAUUCACUUUAGUUUUGUCUUCGUAUUUUUGCCCUCCUGUUUAUCAUUAGAAUUAAUGUGGUGAAGCUUGAGAUAGAUGAGUAUUAUUCCAUAGCUCAGGUCUGGGCAUCUUGGUGCUACCUCUAGCAAAAGGGUUUUCAUAACAGCUUUCCUCUACAGAUAUCAGGGCCCACUCCUAACAGGAAAAAUGUUCCUGAUUGCCUUUUGCAAGAGGGAGAGUUACUUCUUUGUUUCUGUAAGAUGAGAUUUUUCUUUUUUUAGCUUUGAAAUUGAAGUCUUCUGGCUCAUUUGUCACUCCUCACCUCUGCCCUAUCUAUAGGAAAGAAGAUAGACAAAAAUGAUGUAAUUGCAGGUGGCAGGAAGGAUGCUGAUGCCAGUCCAGGAAAAGGGGACCAUUUCUUUUGUAAUUGAUUUAAUGACUUUGAACUGUGCUAUAAAUAAAGAAUAAGGCUGGACCUUC